GUAAGGCUUUGUUCACAUGUUACAUGCACUGUAACCUUUCUUUGAAAGCUGUCCUGCCAAAGGAGAAUUCCCAAAGGAGCAACUGAGCAAGCAAGCAGUGACCAAUCCUUGUCUGAUGGCUGUCAGCAGCCUCCUCCCACUCACUGGACUAGCAUAAAAAAUCAAGAAAACUCUUCCAUCUGAUGAGUGUGGUGGAAGGUGGAGGAGCCAGAGAUCUGCAUGUAGCCUGGAGAAGGCUGGGACUGUCCUCACAGCUCACCAUACAUCACCAGCAGCACCUUUGUGUCUCCUUACUGCUCACCAUGUGCUGCCAGAAGCCCUUCUACUUCAUCUUCCUCCUCCUGCUGGCAUCUGACUGUAUGGACUCAGUGAAAAGCUUGUUUCCAUUUGGGCAACCUGAGUUUUCCUACAAGAGGAGCAACUGCAAACCCAUCCCUGCCACUCUGGUUCUGUGCCAUGACAUUGAGUACCCCAACAUGAGGCUGCCCAAUCUCCUGGGCCAUGAGACUAUGAAGGAAGUCUUGCAGCAAGCAUCCUCCUGGAUCCCACUGAUACAGAAGCAAUGCCACCGAGAUACCAAGAAGUUCCUGUGCUCCCUCUUUGCCCCAGUGUGCAUUGAUGAUCUGGAUGAGACCAUAAAGCCCUGCCGGUCACUGUGCGAGCAGGUGAAGGACAGCUGUGCCCCGGUCAUGUCUGCAUUCGGCUUCCCAUGGCCAGACAUGCUGGACUGCAGCCGCUUCCCCCAGGACAAUGACCUGUGCAUCCCCCCAGCCAGCACUGACUACGUGCCAGCCACCAGAGAAGCGCCCAAAGUUUGUGACGCCUGUAAAACCGGCAUCGAGGAUGACAAUGACAUUGUGGAGAACCUCUGCAAAAACGACUUCGCCCUGAAGAUAAAAGUGAAGGAGAUUGCCUACAUCAAUGGGGACACUAAGAUCAUCCCGGAGACAAAGAGCAAGACCAUUUACAAACUGAAUGGGGUCACAGAAAGAGAUUUGAAGAAGACUGUGCUGUGGCUUAAAGAUGGCCUGCAGUGUACCUGCGACGAGAUGAAUGACAUUAACGCUCCCUAUUUAGUGAUCGGACAAAAGCUCGGAGGGGAGCUGGUCAUCACCUCAGUCAAACGGUGGCAGAAAGGGCAACGGGAGUUUAAAAGGAUCUCUCGCAGCAUCCGCAAGCUGCAGUGCUAGUCCCUCCGUUAAUUAACUCUUUCAGCACUGGGGCUAGUCUUUUUGCACCUUUCCCCCUUAUUCGGGGACCCAUCCUUUUUUAAAUAUAACAAAAGGGCUGGGGCUAUGGCUUUUUUUAUGACGACGAGUAUUAUUAUUUUUAUUAUAAUUAUUAUUAUUGAAUACAAAUUUGUAAAUAAUAUGAAAACUGCAAAAAAAAAAUCUAAAUAUUUUUUAUAAAGGUCCUGAAUUCAAAUGUAGAAAAAUAUUUACUGGAUGCAAACUUGUAUAGUUUGAUAUAUUUUACAUGUGACAGGAAUGUUAGAAUUUGCUGCAGACAGAGACUGCCAUAUUUGUAGAAUUGGGAAUUUGCAUCAUCUCCUUCAACAAAUAUACUGUAUAAUAGUUUUUUUUUUUACCUUUUUUCUUUUUCUACUGACAGCUGUUUAAUUUCUCCUUCUAAUACUAAGGGAGAGAUUUAUCAAACUGGUGUAAAAUAGAACUGGCUUAGUUGCCCAUAGCAACCAAUCAGAUUCCACCUUUCAUUUUGGACAGCUAAGUAUCUGGGUUCAUAUAUGAAACAUUGUAUCACUCAGUGGGUGAUAUCUGAGAAUAACUAGGAAAUUCUUUCCCAAAAGUCCGAUGAGAUCAGUGUAAAUGGAAAAGAGAUCUUUGAAUAAAAAAAAUAGAUAUUUUUUUUUUACAUUCAAGGUAAAAAGUUGAAAUUCUAUAAAUUACGAUAUCUCUUCUAUUUCUCAAUUGAAAACAUGUUUAUAUGGUUGACAAGUUUCCCAUUAUAGUUACGUGGCCCUGCAGACAUAAGAUUAGAGGCAGAAUUGACCAAUUUUCCUGGUUUCCUGAUGGAUAAAGAAUCUUGUGGCAGCCAUAUGGCCAAUCAAUGUGACGUCACUGUCCUAGGAAGAGAGAGCAGACUGCACAGCUAAUCCUGGGGAUGCCGGGAAUUGGCUGAUAACCGAUCUUGAUGUUAACUCAUCAAUAGUCUACCCCCAGAAAACCACUUAAAGGGGUCUUCCCAUCAUAUGCAAUGGGGGCAUAUCGCUAGGGACCUCUGGGACCUGCACCUACAACGAGAACAGAGAGAGCUGUGGCUGCAACAAGAAUGGAGCGGGGUAAUGAAUGGAGGGCACACUGCGCAUGCACAGCCUCCCACCAUUUGUUUUAAUGGGGUUGCCAAAAAUAGGCGUGCGCUUCCUCUGCUAUUUUUUCGUCAGCCCCAUAGAAAUGAAAGGGAGCAGGGGCCGAGCGUGGGCUGUGCGCUCCCAUUCCCUUGUAUGGGAGCAGCGGAGAGGAGCGCUUGGUGGUGACGGACCCCGGGAAACCUGGGGUCCUCCAGCCACGACUCUCCCCGCUUCGUUCUCAUGGUAGGUGCGGGUCCCAGAGGUGGGACCCGCACCUAUCAGACAAUGGGGGGGCAUAUACUAGUGAUAUACCCCCAUUGUAUCUGAUGGGAAUACCCCUUUAAGUAUCUUAUCUACUCAAUUGGCAAACAGAAGACAACACAGCACCCUAGGAUAGCGUCCUCUUCUUUUCCAUGACACCGUCUCAUAGGGUAAAUUGUGUCACCACUGUCUGCUUGACUUCAGUCAUGUUUGUCACGUAUGCGAAGUGACAGAAGAAGGGCAGAGACAUCUGCACUCUGCAGUGUGAGACGUGCGGUCAUAAAAUCCAGGCACUGAAAGAUCUCCAAUCCCCAGAAUACAAAAAAAAACAGCUAGGACUUUCAGCUACAACUUUCUGCACCUAAAUACACAAUGCGUCUGUGGGUCAGGCAGAGAAUAUGCUCAUAUGCAUACAUUUCCCCUAGUCUGCCACGACCAUCUGUUUUUCUCUUUUAACUGUUUGAAGGCCACCAUGGUUGAUCCUUUUCUUGUGCAAACAGGCUGCUUGGGUCUAUCACCACCACCCUAGAAAUCUUUUAUUCCAGCUGUUAGCACGGAGAAUACAUUAAAACACAGAUGCAGCAGAGCUCAAUCUGCCAGUUGUCCUAACCCGGUAAUAUCACAAUGUAUUUAUACAGUCAUUUUCUAAAAUUGAAUUUCAUACGGUAUAUUACACAUAUGAAGACAUUAAAAACGAAGAACUUUUUAAACGUUCCAUUGUUGGUUUCAGUAAUGCCAGGGUUCAGUCUUGUUACAUCCUCUCCAGUUGCAGCCUCUUUAGGCCACAUGUACAUAGCGCAUAUUGCGUGCAGAUUUUUAGUACCGGCUAAGUAGGUGUGGAUUUUGAAAUCAGUGGCAUGUCAAUUGUUUUUGUGGAUUUUCAGAGUACAGUUAUAACCCACCCUUUCUAAUGCAAAGGGUUAAAUCAUGUAAAAAUGUGCAACAAAAAAAUGCAGGCAAAGUGUGCACAUUUUGGUGCGGAUUUGUCAAAUCUGCAUGAAAGUCAGUGGGGAAAAUCAACAUAAACUACAUCACCAUGUGCAUGUACCCUAAGGAGUUAUUCUCCCAUGUAUGUACUAUAUGCAGCAUAUAAUAGUUGUAAAAAUUGCUUUAACACUAUUGUAAAUAAUAAAACAAACAAUAUAUUCUUGUAUAUAAACUACUUAUAAUCUUUUAGUUGUUUUUUUUAUUUUAUUUUAAUGUGGUAUAUACAAUGAUGCAUUUUAUCACCUGCAGCCCCAUCUGGUAAAAUCGUAUUUUUAUGCCUGGUUAUUGGUCAUUUUCUAAAGACUCACUUCUAAUAAAUAAAGUUCUUACUAAAA